CACACACGAUUGGUCAUUGUUCUUUCUACAUAUGAUAGUAACAGAUCCUUUAAACAAAAUGAUUGCUGUUCAGUCAAUACCUAAUUCAUUCAAUGGAUUUGAAAUGGGGUUGAGUAAUAUUAAUAAGGAAGAAAUAUUUACAACACAGCCACAAGCAUUGUCUAUUGUCGAGUUCAGACAUACAAAGAUCGAACAUGCUACAGAAGUUUCACUGAUUGACCAUAGCAGUGCUAUGUAUUUCAGACUGUUGAUUAAGAAGUAUAAAAAACACAUGGGAGAGGAGAUGGGGUCACAUAGUGUCUGUUCCGGCGGUUUGCAACAGUACUUGAUAAAGCAGCGACACUGUCAGGUGCAACUAAAAGAAGACCAAGAAGACAAGAGUCAACAGCAGUCUGGAUUUGAGUGCUUACCAGUAGAUGUAAGGCUUCACAUAUUUUCCUACCUAACUGCCACAGAACUAUGCAGAGCCUCUACUGUCUGUCGCAGUUGGUAUGACAUCACAGAAGACAAUCUUCUUUGGGCCAGACUGUUAGCUCAGGACAUUCACCAGUGGGAUGUUAUUGGUCACAAUACAAAUCCUGCCAUCUACAAAGAAGUUGAAUCAGAGUGGUCCAAUAAAGAAAUAUAUCUGAGGUGCUCUCCUGGAGUAAAGAAGCUUAUGCAUCAGAACAAUGCCAUGUUCAGCAACGUAACAAGCAUGUUACGGUACCUUUUCCCAAAGAAGACACCAAUGUUUGCCAUGUUUGGACCAGGCCUGGAAAGUCACACUAGCGGCAUAGUUCGACAGCUUAUACAUGAGUCAGACUUCACGAAAAUGGCAAUGUUUCCAGGCAAAUUUGAUGGUGUUGGAGGUGGCAUCACUUUGAAGAGUCCGGGAGGAGCUCUCUUACAUCUGUCUGUGUUAUACUCUAAUACUGAGAAAGAGCGGGAAAAGGUAUACAACGUCCGCCAACACAAAAUGAUGCGGGUGAAGGAAGACGCCUCAGGCAACGACAAGUAUGAAAUGAUGCCUGCUGUGCAAGAUUUCUGCGAGACUGUUGAUGGAUUCAUCUAUGUGGUUGACGCAUCUGCUGAGUGUCCUGCUGUUGAAUCUGGCUUGAGUGAGCUCCUUGCAAUGGUGAAUGAGCGUUGGUCUGCUACCCAUGUCCCUGUGCUUGUCCUUUCCACCACACCUGAGCAGACCACACCACGCAUAUCCUGUUUCGAGGUUGUAGAGAGACUGGCGUUAUCAAAACUGAACAGACCUUGGCAGGUCUGGAAUUGCUCCAUAGAAAAUCUCAGUGGGGUGGAAGAUGGGCUCACAUGGCUGACCGAGCAGACUCGACGCAAGUACUAAGACCGCCAUUCUACCGGCUCUUUGAGCUAGCACUGACAAAAUUAUACCAGAGAUUCAAUGAAUACUGGUUCCAAACAUGGACAAUAGACAAGUAGCCUGUGAUCAAUAGUAAAUAAUUAUGCGCAUAAUUAAACGUGCUCGGGCGAAUGUGUACAAUGUUCUCUUUGCAAUUAGAGCAUAAAAUAUAAGAAUAUGGGUAUGCCUGGAAAACUGCAAGUUUCGAUGGUUUUUAUUGUUGUUGUUUUUUAUAUCAUGUGCCAAUUUAAAUUGUUACAGAUUUAAUAUCCAUUGAAAAACUGAAAUCUUUUGUUCAUUUACACAGCCCCAGACGAAUGAUCUUUUAGUUUUCAAGAUGGUAAUAAAAUGUAUUUGUUUGUUCUAUUGUGGUAACAGUUUUUACAUGUGUACAUUUAAUGUGUAUCCCUGAACAAGUUCUACUAAAAAUACUCAUGAAAACAGAUAUAAAUGUUUAGUAUAUAUUGCAUUUUAAAUAUUAAUUAAACAUUGAUGUAAAAGAAUGUAAUAGAAUUAAUUGCUGAUCAUGCAUAGUUGCUAUCCAUUCAAAUAAUAAAAUGAAAACAAAUUGUUCAUGUCAUGUUUAGUUAAAUGAUUUGUAAAAAAAAUACA